AUAGUGAUUCCGAUUAUUGUUAUUCUCUGUUGCUAUUACCAUUUACUGCUGACCAAAUGGAAACAACCUUCAUUGAACAUCCACUUGAAAGUUGAAACCUGCAGGCUGCAGCCAUGGAUCAUCUUCCAAAUACAAGCACCAUCAACAACACAUCAUUCUCCCGCGGCUACCUAAGCACCGGCGCCGGAAGCGACAUCAGCAGCUUCGGCUACGCCAUCGGAGUUUCCAUCGCAAUCCUCUCCUUGAUCACAACCAUCACCUUAGCCUCAUACUUCUGCACCAGAAACCAGACAUCAUCGUCAAGCCAAAGACCGCAGCCCAGAGAUCCCCAAAACUCGGGCGUUACUGAGAAGGGGCUGGACGAGGAAACGCUGCUAAGCUAUCCCAAGUUGGUGUUUUCCCAGGCGGCUAAAGUGAGCCGCCGCAAGGAUUCAACGGCGGCCACUUGCUGCUCGAUUUGCUUGGCCGACUACAAAAGCUCCGACACGCUAAGGUUGUUGCCCGAGUGCGGCCAUCUUUUCCACCUUAAAUGCGUCGACCCUUGGUUGAGGCUGCACCCCACUUGUCCGGUGUGCCGGACAUCGCCGUUGCCCACGCCGCACUCCACUCCGCUCGCCGAUAAUGCGGUUCCCCUCGCUAGCCGCUUGCCCGUUCGAUGAAUUGAACGCAUUAUUAUUAUUUCUUGCUUAAUUUUGUUCAAUCAUCUCGUCUGUAUACCUGACUAUUAUUAAUAAAGUGGUUAAUUUGAUCA